AUGUGGCAGGGCAUACAGAUCAUCAGCGACUACAAGUCAAGCAACUCCACGCCAAUGUUUGGAGAUGACACCACUGUGAUUGGCCUCAUCAGAGACAACAAUGAGACUGCCAACAGGGAGGAGGUACAGCACCUGGCCGCAUGGUGCACGGACAACAACCUGCUCCUUAACACCAUGGAACCUGAUCCUCCGGUGAAUGUGAGCGUGAUGGUAAUGGCAGACAGGAAGUUGUCUGUGGAGUGGGGUCCAUCACCCACUUGGCCGGAUCCUUUCAACUUUCUCCUUAAAUACACAAUGAAAUUCCACUGGGGCAAACCUGAGACUGCAAGAACUUCUAGCACGGGGUCUAAUAAAAUGGUUUUGAGUGGACUGGUGGCAGGAAGGACUUACUACAUCCAAAUAUCUGCAAAGGACUCCCUGGAUGAUGGACAGAGCAGUGAGUGGAGUACACCGAUAAAUGCCACCAUACCUACAGUAUCCACUGAUGUGGUAAAUCAUCAUUACACUACCUUAACCAGAAGUGUUAGAAUCGCAGUGUUUAUUGUGUCACCAAAGGAUACAUUUGUUUGACAGGCUCAAUGUGCAGAAUCUUCUAAAUAAAAAAAAUAAUGAA